AUGCAUUGUUCAUCGAAUUAUAAGGCACAACAAUUUUACUUAUUUUACGUCUUACUUGUCGGGAUCUACAAUAUAAUUUUAUUUAAGUUCUUUUCGUAUGGUAAUAAUUUUAUGAUAUUUUUAUGGAGCUUGAUCAAUGUGUUGGCAAUGGUAAUAAUAUCACAAUAUAUUAUAUGUAUAAGAAUGCUAAGAGACAGAUACAAAUUGGCUAACAUCGUAUUUAAAAACUCUUUAAACAAUCCAACUACCACUACAAAAUAUUUCUAUCCGACCGAAGUACUUAAUUUAUUCAUCGAACUACGAAAUUUGACAGAAGAAGUAAAAACAUAUUAUGCUUUUCAUGCAUUAUUGGUCAUCAUUGAAUCAGUUUUACUAAUUUCUUCAGAAGUAACAAAAUUAUCGUUUAUCUCCAUCGAUAAUAAUAUCAAAAAUUUUAAAAUAAUUACAUUAGCUUCAAUAUUUUGUACUUUAAAGAUUAUAUUUAUAUUUUUUAUAGUUCGAGAAGCACAUAACACUAUACAAGAAUCAAAGAAAACUGUCUUGAUCGCCCAUGAUAUACUUCAAACUACGAUAAACAAUGGAAUUAUCAAAGAAUUUGAAGUAUUUGUAUUGAGUUAUUGGAACAAUCCAAUCAUAUUUGAUGUGUAUAAUUUUUUUAAUUUGGACUACAAACUUCUUCAAUCAAUUAUUGCAUCUAUCGUCACGUACCUUGUAGUUUUGAUUCAAAUUCAGUUGGCAAUAUUCAUGCAAUAA